AUGGGCAACAAGUCAACAGCACUCGCUCAACAGGAAGAGCAAGGCAAAGAAGAGUCACACCAUGUCACCCAAAGCAUCACCCCCAAAAGGAAUAAUGACCCAUCUGAGAUCCGCGUGUGGAGGGAGAUGGAUUUGGCGCGCGUUUCGCGUUUUGGAGGGAGUUAUAAAGAGAAGGGCAGCCGAGACGAAGAUGGUCUCCACCGCCGCUGCCUCGUCUUCACUCAACGCCAACACCACCAACAAAGUACGAAGAUGCCUGCCAGCUCGAUAUUUGCCCGCCCGGCGUCGCCCCCUCCACGGGCCCCGUCCCCCGUCUUCGAGCCCGAGCCCCUGCCGUCGCCCCAGCUGCGCAUGCGCCAGCCCCGUGCCCAGACGUCCAUGUCCUCCCUCCAGGGCAUGGACCGCUCCCUCUUCUCUGCCCGCUCCUGCUCCAACCUCCGCGACCCAGCAAACGCAGCAGACUCCAAACUCAAACGCAAGUCCUCGCGCCUCACCAUCGACUCCCUCCACUCCGCCUCUUCCUGCUCUUCCUCCUCCUCCGCUUCAUCUUAUUCCUCCUCAACAUCCUCGUCAUCGGCGUCGACGUCAUCGUGUUCCUCCGCCUCCUCCCCCAUAACACCGCGCUCCUUCACACUCCCCCUCCCCCUCCCCACCGACGCCCACUCCCCCGCCCCCGCAAAGCGCACAAAAUCGCGGCACCACCGUGCCCACUCCAUCGUCGUCCCCGCCCCGCGCCGCUCCCGCUCAUCCUCGCCCCCACCCGCGCCCUCACCGCGCGAGGUCCCACCCCCCGUUCCCGCCAUCCCCGCCGUCCUCCUCACGCCCACGGACAAGAAGCCCGUCUUGAGGAAGAAGGGCAGCAGGGAGGGCAAGGAGAAGAGGAUCACCCCGAUAUAUCUUCCCGAGUUGGACGUGCAGAGCCCCGCCAUGAACAACAACCCGUUCUCGGCGCAGGCAAUCAAGGCCCAUGAGGAGCGCGAACGCGACGAGCUUGCGAGGAUCGAGAGGGAACGUGAGCAGGAGAAGAAGGCCGGGAGGCGGGCAGAGAAGGAAAAGGAUAUCGCGAUGACGUGCCUCAAGUUCUUUUCGAUGAAGAACGCGAGUGCUGCUGCUGCGUAA